UCCUAAGUCGGUGCCCCUAACUUCACCCUCGUCAUCUUCUUCCUGUUCUUUGCGGUAGAACCAAGGGAAAGUGUUUGAAAAACCUCAAAACCCUAAAACCUCAAAUAUCAAAUUCUCAAUGGCGUCGAAGCUGUUCGCUUCCAAUCUCCGCCAUGCGCUCAAGAGAACCACCGCCUCCGGCGCCGUAUUCUCCAAUCUCAGAGCCACGUCGACAGCCGCCGCCGUCGCUCCCGAGCCUUUGGAGGAGACGACAGACGGAAUCAACAUGAAAGGAGUGAGAAUAUCCGGCCGGCCGCUCUACCUCGAUGUGCAGGCAACUUCGCCGGUCGAUCCGAGGGUCCUCGACGCGAUGAUGCCGUUCUACUUGUCGCGGUACGGAAACCCUCACUCCCGUACCCACUUGUACGGAUGGGAGGCCGACGAGGCGGUGGAGAACGCGCGCGCGCAGGUCGCCGAGCUCAUCGGCGCGUCGCCGAAGGAGAUCGUGUUCACCUCCGGCGCCACCGAGUGCAACAACAUCGCCGUCAAGGGCGUCAUGCAUUUCUACAAGGAGAAGAAGCGUCACGUCAUCACCACCCAGACCGAGCACAAAUGCGUCCUCGAUUCGUGCCGCCAUCUCCAGCAAGAAGGCUUCGAGAUCACCUACCUCCCCGUCGGCUCCGACGGCCUCGUUGACCUAGAGAAGCUGAAAUCCUCGAUUCGGCCCGAUACCGGACUGGUUUCAGUCAUGGCGGUGAACAACGAAAUCGGCGUGAUUCAGCCGAUGGAGGAAAUCGGGAGAAUUUGCAAGGAAUUUAAUGUUCCUUUCCACACUGAUGCUGCUCAGGCCUUGGGGAAGAUUCGGAUCGAUGUUAACAAGUGGAAUGUGAGUCUGAUGUCUCUCAGCGGACACAAGGUGUACGGGCCGAAAGGUGUCGGGGCUCUUUAUAUGCGGCGGAGGCCGAGGAUUCGCGUCGAGCCGCAGAUGAACGGCGGGGGACAGGAGAGGGGGAUUCGGAGCGGGACAGUGCCGACGCCGUUGGUCGUCGGCAUGGGGGCGGCCUGCGAGCUUGCGAAGAAGGAAAUGGCGUACGACGAGAGGUGGAUUUCUGAGCUGCAAGAGCGGUUGCUGAACGGAAUUCGGGCUAAGCUUGAUGGGGUGGUGGUGAACGGGAGCUUGGAGAGGCGCUACGUUGGGAAUUUGAACCUGUCGUUUGCGUACGUCGAGGGCGAGAGCCUGCUGAUGGGGCUGAAGGAGGUGGCGGUGUCUAGCGGUAGCGCCUGCACGAGCGCGAGCUUGGAGCCCUCCUAUGUGUUGAGAGCGUUGGGCGUGGAAGAGGACAUGGCGCACACUUCGAUUAGGUUCGGAAUUGGGAGGUUCACGACGGAGGCGGAAAUCGACAGGGCGGUGGAGCUUACGGUUGAUCAGGUGGAGAAGUUGAGGGAAAUGAGUCCGCUUUAUGAGCUUGUGAAGGAAGGGAGAAACCUUAAGGAUAUAACAUGGUCACAGCACUAAAGAAUUCGAUGAGAGGAAUUGUCACAGUGGGACGUUGAAUGAUGACGAGCCUAUUCAAAUAUGAGCUUGGAUAGUGAAGAUAGGACCUUUUGUAUGGAGCUUUUGCCUAGGGAGUUGCAGAAUCUAUCGGGGUCUGAUACAGGUUUUUGUUUCGUUAUCCCUAAUCCCUAUAGAUGUCUUUGGAGAAGUACUCAUAGUGAUAGUUGCUCUGCGACUUCAUUUGCAAACAUACAUGGUACUUUACAACGCUUCUAGAAAUCAGCCAGCUUGAUGACAAUGAUGAAAGAAUAAUGGGUGUUAGUUUAACUGUUUACACUUAAGAUAUUGAUAUAUUAUAUUUCUUGUAGUUUAUAACAGAUGAUGUGCUUUAUUGGUGUGUUUAUGCACCUUGUUGGUUAAAGUAAUGUACAUGGAAGUUUUGAUCCCUUGAGCAUUUACUGAGUAAUGAGUUUAUUUGUGUA